AUGGCUGUCCCAGCUUAUCCUAUGAUGUGCUUCAAACUUCCCCUGUCCUCAUGCAAGGAAAUCAAUGGGGAUAUAGCCCGGUUUUGGUGGAGCAAUCCUGAUAGGGAUUCUCAGAUCCAUUGGAAGUCUUGGAACGCUCUGUGCCUUGCUAAAACGGAUGGUGGGCUUGGUUUCAGGGAUCUUGCUGAUUUUAAUCUAGCCUUGCUUGCCAAGCAAAGCUGGAGGAUUCUUCUGAACCCCAACUCUUUGUGGGUCAAAAUUCUGAAAGGGCGCUAUUUUCCCGAUUGCGGUUUCUUACACGUAGAGUUGGGUUCUCGACCCUCUUGGAUCUGGUCGAGCUUGUUGGAGGGCAGAAAUUCCAUCCUUUGUCAUGCCCGUAAGCAGGUGCUAUCUGGUGAUCAGACCAGUAUUUGGAGGGAUAACUGGAUUCAAGAUAUUGGUGUAAUUCGGCCCAUUGCUCCCAUUGCGCCCACUGCCCCACAGUUGGUUCGUGAUAUAGUGGACUCUGAGAACAAUUCUUGGAGAGUGGACUCUAUCUGA